UCCGGCCUUACGGUGUUUGUGUGAACACAUUUUUGUUGAGGCACACGACAAAAAAUAACCCUCCAAGAUGGUGAAGGGUAAUCAUAUGAUUUCGAAUGGCCACUUCCAUAAGUACUGGCAGCGGCACAUUCGCACCUGGUUUAACCAACCGGCCCGCAAGUACCGCAGGAGACAGAACCGUAUCAAGAAGGCUAAGGCCGUGUUCCCGCGUCCCGCAAAGGGACCGAUCCGCCCGAUCGUGCACUGCCCGUCGCAGCGCUACAACACCAAGAUCCGCCCGGGUCGUGGUUUCACUCUGGCCGAGCUGAAGGGUGCCGGUUUGACCAAGCGAUUCGCCCAGACCAUC